GUUGAAUGAGUUCCCUCCACAGUUGAAGAAAGGCAGCCGCCGACAGUCAGGACGCCAGAGCCGAGGGACGGAGCGCAGGCACGGAGGAGACACCGGCACGGCCCUGCCCGAGCCCACUUCAUGGCAACACGGAGCCAGGUGUGUCUGCUAGCCUCCCAGCUAGCCGUGUCAUGACGCUUGGAGACAUUUCUCACACAUCUGUACGACGUUGCAGCGACACGGGAGAAGCACCAACACCCUGCUCGCGCUGAACCAGCUGAGGAGGGCUCGUUGUUUUUACAUAGUUUGUUUUUUUUCUCCGCUUUUUUUUUUUUUUCUUUUUCCUUGUGCAUUGUCCUCCUCACCGGAGAACCCGGUUGGAGCCCGUUUCGACCUUCGUACUGGACCAACCAUGGCUGAGAGAACCUCGACCGGGUUGCUAACGAUGAUGUUGGAGCCCACGCCGGCCGUCGCUAUGACCCUGCCGGCGGAGGUCCGGGAGAAGCUGGCGGAGCUGGAGCUGGAGCUGUCUGAAGGGGACAUCACUCAGAAGGGCUAUGAGAAGAAAAGAGGCAAGCUGUUGGCACCGUACAUCCCACAGAUUCAAGGUGUAGAUCCAUCUCUGCAAAUUGACAACCGAAUCCAGGCCUCAUCCCAAGCUGCACUUCCAGGUUCCAAACACAACAAGUCUCGGGCUGCCAACACCCGGGAUGAACGCUUCAGAUCUGAUCUGCACACAGAAGCCGUCCAAGCAGCUUUGGCAAAGUACAAAGAGAGGAAGAUGCCCAUGCCCUCCAAGAGGCGAUCUGUGUUAGUUCAGUCUUCUGUCGAGGCAUGCACCCCGCCAGACACCUCCUCAGCGUCGGAAGACGAGGGCUCACUGCGCCGGCAGGGACGUCUGGCCACCUCCACGCCCUACCAGGGCCACGGCCACCCAGCCGUUGAGCACUGGUUUAACCGUGUCAUCCAGGGUUCGUCCACCUCAUCCUCCGCGUCAUCCACCUCAUCCCACCCGGGAGGGAGAUCCGUCACCACCACCAACACCUCUGCCCACGCAGCCCUCAACGCCAACGCCGCAGCUACCGCAUUGGCCGACCUUAUGGCACACACCCAGCUAGAUAACCACUCGGCGCCCCCUGACGUGACGGGGCUGUCGGAGCGCUCGUCGUUUCAUGCAGAGCGGCCCCAGGUGGCCUCGGUGCGAGGCGUUUCCCGCAGCUACAACCACCACACCAGCGUCAUGGAGACCGCAGAUGGCUGUGAGUGGAGAGGUGAAGGAUCCCUCACUUUAAUUGAUGGUGUUCCAGUCAACAGCCGCGUCUCCAACAAAAUCCAGCAGCUGCUCAACACACUGAAGAGACCAAAGCGUCCGCCGUUGCGCGAGUUCUUUGUUGACGACUUUGAGGAGCUUUUGGAUGUCCAGCAGCCAGAUCCCAACCAGCCAAAGCCAGAAGGCCAGCAGAUGAGUCCCCUGGAAGGAGAGCCUCUCGGCGUGGUCACCAACUGGCCGCCCUCCUUGCCAGCAGCCUUACAAAGGUGGGGCACCACUCAGCCCAAGAGCCCCUGUCUGACAGCGCUCGACAAUGCUGGCAAGCCCGUCUACACACUCACGUACGGUAAACUAUGGACCCGAAGUCAGAAACUGGCCUACACUCUUCUAAACAAGCUGAGCACCAGAAAUGAGCCUUUGCUUAUGCCUGGAGACAGAGUUGCACUGGUUUUCCCCAACAAUGACCCGGUGAUGUUCAUGGUGGCCUUCUACGGCUGCCUCCUGGCAGAACUGGUACCUGUGCCUAUUGAAGUGCCGCUGACCAGAAAGGAUGCAGGAAGUCAACAGAUUGGCUUUCUGUUGGGCAGCUGCGGUGUCACGUUGGCGCUGACCACUGACGCUUGUCAAAAAGGCCUGCCAAAAGCACAAACUGGGGAGGUAGCCACUUUCAAAGGCUGGCCGCGGUUGCUGUGGUUUGUGACAGAUGGAAAACACGUUGUGAAGCCUCCAAAAGACUGGCAUCCUCCAAUACGGGAAGCCAGUAAUGACAUAGCCUAUAUAGAAUAUAAAACCAGCAAAGAAGGAAGCACCAUGGGAAUCACAGUGUCCCAUUCAGCCAUGCUCGCUCACUGUCAUGCCCUCACACAGGCCUGCGGCUACACUGAAGCUGAAACAAUCACCAACGUACUGGACUUCAAGAGGGAAGCGGGAUUAUGGCACGGUGUUCUCACUAGUGUCAUGAAUCGGAUGCACGUGAUCAGCAUUCCCUACUCGCUGAUGAAAGUCAACCCCCUGUCCUGGAUACAGAAAGUUCACACGUACAAAGCGCGGGUAGCGGUGGUGAAGUCGAGGGACAUGCACUGGUCUCUGCUGGCCCAGAGAGACCAGAGAGACAUCAGCCUCAGCUCACUGCGCAUGCUGAUCGUAGCAGACGGCGCGAACCCAUGGUCGAUAUCCUCCUGCGAUGCCUUCCUCAACGUGUUUCAGGCACGUGGGCUGCGACCUGAGGUGAUCUGUCCAUGUGCCAGCUCCUCAGAAGCCAUGACUGUCGCCAUCCGCAGGCCUCCAGAAAUGGGUGUUCCUCCUCCGGGGAAGGCGGUGCUGUCCAUGGGUGGCCUGAGUCACAGCGUGAUCCGCGUGGACACGGAGGAGAAGCUGUCUGUCCUUACAGUGCAGGAUGUGGGCCAGGUCAUGCCCGCAGCUCUGGUUUGUGUGGUGCGAGUGGAGGGGACACCUUAUCUCUGUCAGACAGACGAGGUCGGGGAGAUCUGUGUGAGCUCAGGUAGCACCGGUGUAGCUUACUACGGUCUCCCAGGCAUGACAAAGAAUAUCUUCGAGACCAUCCCAGUGACAUCGUCCGGGGUCCCCGUCAGUGACAGACCUUUCACCAGAACAUCACUGCUGGGCUUUGUUGGACCAGACAGUCUUGUGUUUGUUGUGGGGAAGAUGGAUGGACUGAUGGUGGUCAGCGGGCGGAGACACAAUGCUGAUGACGUGGUGGCCACGGCGCUGGCUGUGGAGCCCAUGAAGUUUGUGUACAGAGGAAGGAUAGCAGUGUUUUCUGUGUCUGUGCUGCACGACGAGAGGAUCGUUGUAGUCGCAGAGCAGAGGCCAGACGCUUCCGAGGAAGACAGCUUCCAAUGGAUGAGCCGUGUCCUUCAGGCUAUAGACAGCAUCCACCAGGUCGGGGUGUACUGCCUGGCUCUGGUCCCCGCCAACACGCUCCCUAAAGCCCCCCUGGGUGGCAUCCAUAUAUCUGAGACAAAACAGCGCUUCCUGGAGGGGGCCUUGCACCCCUGCAACGUCCUCAUGUGCCCUCACACUUGUGUCACCAAUCUGCCCAAGCCGAGACAGAAACAGCCAGAGGUCGGUCCUGCUUCUAUGAUAGUGGGAAACUUGGUGGCAGGCAAGCGGAUAGCACAAGCCUGCGGGAGAGACGUGGGGCAACUCGAGGACAAUGACCAGGCACGUAAGUUCCUCUACAUACAGGAUGUGCUGCAGUGGAGAGCUCAGGCCACUCCAGACCAUCCUCUGUUCCUUGUUCUCAAUGCUAAGGGUACAGUGGCUAGCACAGCUUCCUGUCUGCAGCUGCACAAGCGAGCAGAGCGGGUGGCGACAGCGCUGAUGGGACGCCUCAACACUGGAGAUCAUGUAGCACUCGUCUACCCGCCAGGAAUCGACCUGAUUGCCACUUUCUACGGCUGCCUGUAUGCCGGCUGUGUGCCCGUCACUGUCAGACCGCCGCAUCCACAGAACCUGGCCACCACCCUGCCCACCGUCAAAAUGAUCGUUGAGGUGAGCAAGUCGGUGUGUAUCCUGACAACCCAAGCAAUAAUGAAGCUGCUGAAAUCCAAAGAGGCUGCUGCUGCUGUGGACGUCAAGAGCUGGCCCACAGUGCUGGACACAGAUGAUCUCCCCAGGAAGAAGAGCUCCCAGAUGUACAAGCCGCCGACCCCAGAGAUGCUAGCUUACCUGGACUUCAGUGUGUCCACAACGGGCAUCCUAGCAGGGGUCAAAAUGUCUCACGCCGCCACCAGUGCCUUGUGUCGUUCCAUUAAACUGCAGUGUGAGCUCUACCCUUCCCGGCAGAUCGCCAUCUGUCUGGAUCCCUACUGCGGCCUGGGCUUCGCUCUCUGGUGCCUGUGCAGUGUGUACUCCGGCCACCAGUCGAUCCUGGUUCCCCCUCUGGAGUUGGAGAGCAAUGCUUCUCUCUGGCUCGCUGCAGUCAGCCAGUACAAAGUACGCGUCACCUUCUGCUCGUAUUCGGUCAUGGAGAUGUGCACCAAGGGCCUGGGUUCACAGACAGAAGCACUACGGUUGCGAAAUGUGAAUCUGUCUUGUGUGCGUACGUGCAUGGUGGUCGCUGAGGAGAGACCACGCAUAGCCCUCACUCAGUCCUUCUCAAAGAUCUUCAAAGACUUGGGGCUUUCGCCGCGAGCCGUGAGCACCACCUUCGGCUGCAGGGUGAACGUGGCGAUCUGUUUGCAGGGCACGGCUGGACCCGACCCCACCACUGUUUAUGUGGACAUGAGAGCUCUUCGGCAUGACAGGGUCCGCCUGGUUGAGAGAGGGUCGCCACACAGCUUGCCGCUGAUGGAGUCUGGGAAGAUCCUUCCUGGAGUGAAAGUGAUCAUCGCCAACACAGAGACUAAAGGACCUUUAGGAGACUCUCAUCUGGGAGAGAUCUGGGUGAGCAGUCCUCACAACGCCACCGGCUACUACACCGUUUACGGGGAGGAGGCGCUGCACGCUGACCAUUUCAACACCAAGCUGAGUUUCGGCGACACCCAGACUGUCUGGGCGAGGACCGGCUACCUGGGCUUCCUGCGGCGCACCGAGCUGACCGAUGCCAGCGGAGAGCGCCACGACGCCCUCUAUGUGGUGGGCUCUCUCGAUGAGACCCUGGAGCUGAGGGGAAUGAGGUAUCACCCAAUCGACAUCGAGACCUCUGUUAUCCGUUCUCACAAGAGCAUAGCUGAAUGCGCCGUGUUCACGUGGACCAACCUCCUCGUGGUGGUUGUGGAGCUGGAGGGAUCCGAGCAGGAGGCCCUGGACCUGGUGGCCCUGGUCACCAACGUUGUCCUGGAGGAGCACUACCUCAUCGUGGGGGUGGUGGUGGUGGUAGACCCCGGCGUCAUCCCCAUCAACUCCCGAGGGGAGAAGCAACGCAUGCACCUCAGAGACGGAUUCCUGGCCGACCAGCUGGACCCCAUAUAUGUGGCUUACAACAUGUGAGCGCUCCCCGUCCCCCCCUCACUCCCCAUGUGGCUUAAUCACACUGCAGGAGACGGCAAAUGACGGUCGCAGGCCCGGUGUCGGCAUGGCUUCUGUUGAAAGAAAGCAAGCUGCCCUCUUCUUUUAGCUCACGGAGGAGAAAUUUGAAAGAAACACGGAUGCAAAAAGACGGAUAGAAAUUCCAGCAAGAUUGAUAUAAACCUCAUGUCUGUUUCUCUUGUGAUUUCUUGCCUCAGCAAAUAAUGUUUUAAAGGGCAUUCUCGUUUUAUUUUGAAGUGAGUUUUGUAUGUGUGACAGAACUUGUGACUCCUUAAACCCAGCUCGUCUGAGCGCAGUACAGCAGGUGGCGAUGGUAUGAUACUACAGUGUGCCAUUAACAUAAUUUAUUUUGUCAAUCUCAAAAAUGAUGAAUGUUUAGCUGUGUUUGUCCUACAUUUGUGCCAUAGAACAGAACCGAUCCCAGGACCCAAACUUUGAUUUAAACACGCUCCGAUAUGUUUUAGAGCCUCCUGGGUUAUUACUGGUCCUGUGCUUUUCAUAGAGAAAAAAAAAAUCUAUCUUACGAGCGUUGUCAUUACAUUUGUAGGAGCAGGUCCUCACAUUACAGCUGCACCCGAAAGCUUGAUUUUUUUUGUGUUCCAGCUCAGUUCAGAGCCAUUAACGAAGAAGCACACGGCAGUGGCGUUAGAGGAGAGGCACUUUGUGUUGUUUUUCUGCUCAUUCCAGCAGCUGUGCUUUAGUUUUUAGUGUCAGUAGCUUCAAAAACGAUGUUGUGGUGAGUCAAUCUCAUAUUUUUCUAAAUCUAAAAUGUGUUAUAUAGCUAUUGUUUUAUCUGAUCAGAAUGCAAUACGAGUGUUGAGAACGAUGUUGCUUCGAACGACUGCAUACAGUAAGUGCCGACGAGUAGAAGUCACGAGACGGUGAAGAAUAUAAUCAUUGCUUGUUGUUAGCGACGUGCUAAAUGAUAGAAAUUAAGCCUUAAGUGUUUUUUCAGACGCCUGUUCCGAUCCCAGCUCUGGUUUAACUUGAUUUUGUCGAGUUUCUCAGCUGUUGGAUGGGGAGAGAAUAUGCAGAUGGAGGUUAGGAAUGGUAAAUCCUGCUCUUGUUGCACCCAAAGUUUUUCAUCUUUUUGGCUAAGAUAAUUAUACUUGAUCCUAACAUCUGCCAUUACAAACACACACACUCACUCCAUGAAUAUUUUAAUGUCUGUUCCUGUUGUGAAAUUGUGUUGAAUGUGUUUUUUUUGUUUGUUUUUUUGUUAAAGCAAAAAGACUGGAAGAAGUUGUUGUAGGUGUGGACUUUGGUGCAGAAUGUCACAGCCUCAUUCUGAGUGCCAUAAGGUUGAAUGAGAGUUGAAAAAUGUCUAGUUGCAUGUACCAUAAUGGGCAAGAGUCUAAUAGCUUGUAACACCUUAGCCUCCCACCUUAUCGCAUUGACACAUUUGUAAAGAUCCUCUUCUCUGUACGUUGCUUCUUUUUUUCUAUGUGCACAUCCCUUCAGAAACAGGCCGAGGCCUGCUGUAAGUAUGUACAGCUUUUGUGUAAAUUAUUAAUAGACGGAGGAGACGACAGGAAGCAUAACACAAAGACUAAAUCUGGUAUAUAUGUGAACUUCUCCCUCACAAAUGAAAAUUAUUUGAAAUGGAUUCUCGUGUGUAAACACUGGGAAGAAACAUGACAAGCCUUGUAGACAUUUUUAUAGUGUGAAAGAACAGCGGGAACUGGCCACUUCCAGGAUGAGAUGAAGCACACUCCGAGCACAAAGAGACGACGGUUCUGCUCUGGCGACUGCUGAGAAGUCACAUCCUACAGAGCAAACCUUUUGUUGUUAAUGUAUGGAAAAGAUGCAUUUGUCUGAUAUAUGGUUAGUUGUCAUUAUUUUCAUAACAUGAUUUCGUAAUGAAUAAAAAAGUGAUUUUAACCUGAAA